AUGCUGGGCCUGGACGCGUGCGAGCUGGGGGCGCAGCUGCUGGAGCUGCUCCGGCUGGCGCUGUGCGCCCGAGUCCUCUUGGCUGACAAGGAUGGGGAGCCAACCCCAACAGAUGAGGUGCUGGAUGAAACUGUACCAGAGUACCAGGCCCCCGGGAAGCAGAGCAUGCUGGCAAUCUGGCAGCUGGACCCUGAGGACGUGAGCUUGGUCAAGUACAAGCAGGCGCUGCUGGGGCCUCUGCCACCCAUUAUGGACCCCAGCCUGCCCAACGUGCAGGUGACUAGGCUGACACUCCUGACGGAGCAGGCGCCAGGGCCUAUCAUCAUGGACCUUACAGGAGACCUAGAUGCACUGAAAAACCAGGUGUUUGUCCUGAAGGAGGGCAUUGAAUACAAGGUGAAGAUCACCUUCAAGGUCAACAAGGAGAUUGUCAGUGGCCUCAAAUGUCUGCAUCACACCUAUCGCCGGGGACUGCGUGUGGACAAGGCCAUCUUCAUGGUGGGCAGCUAUGGCCCCAGAGCCCAGGAGUAUGAAUUUGUGACGACAGUGGAGGAAGCACCAAGGGGUGCAUUGGCACGUGGCCUCUACGUGGUCAGGUCCCUCUUCACCGAUGACGAUAGGCUGACCCACCUGUCCUGGGAGUGGUGCCUCCAGGUCAGCCAGGACUGGAAGGACUGAACCCCGCUUGGGGCCUGCGCUCCCAAUCUCUGUCGGCUGCAGUGACCUGCAAGCAUUUAUUCCCUAGACCUCCCAGUUGGUGACCAGAUGUCCCCACUCUUGGCUGUGCCCCCUGCCUGGUGCCUAUUAAAUGUUACCCUGUCUCGC